AUGGAUAAUGCAAUUGGAUGCCGAUUUAUUAAAGAAUCUACUAUUGGAGAAGGCAAUUUCGGUUCAGUAUACCGAGUUAUUGAUACAACGAAUAAAAAGCGUGUCGCGUUAAAAAUAGAAAAGCCAAAUCUUGAGGUUUCUCAAAUAGAAAAUGAGAUAAAAGUUAUCUCAGCAAUGAAAGGCCAUCGAGGAUUUCCUCGACUAAUUGACUCAGGGACUGAAAACGGUUCCAUGUACAUUGCAAUGCAACUCCUAGGUUCUAGCCUUGAAGAUAAAUUUCAAGAAUCCAAACAAAAUUUUGGACUUAUGGCUAUUUUAAAUAUUGCAGAACAAAUUCUUAUGAGAAUUCAAGCUUUGCAUGAUAAAUUCUUCAUCCAUAGAGACAUCAAGCCUCGUCAGUUCCUGUUCAGUCCAACCCCAGGUUCUUCGACAAUUUAUAUGAUAGAUUUUGGGUUAUCUAAAUGCUAUCAGAAUGGAAAAACAGGAGUCCAUAUCCAGUAUAUGGAAAGUAGGCCGUUUAUAGGGACAGCUAAUUAUGCGUCAAUUAACACUCAUAUAGGUAUUCAGCAGAGCCGCAGGGACGAUUUGGAGUCCUACAUGUAUAUGAUUUCAUAUUUUUUAAAUGGAACUUUACCAUGAAUUUCGAAAGACCAUACAGUCUCAGAAAGGGAAAUAAGGCUAGCUAAAAAUCGAGUCUCAGUCAAUGAGCUGUUUCAUAAUGGACCGGCAGAAUUUGUUCUUAUGAUGGCUUAUAUUAAAAGUAUUUCUUUUGAAGACAAACCAGACUAUGAGUACUUGGAAGGGCUGAUAAAAAGAAUGAAAUCAAACACAGCUGUCGAAAAAAGAGGUGUCAGCUGAUUUGAGUUUAAUUCUGAUGAUAAAAAUCCGAAAACUUUGAAAAGAAAAAUAAGAAAAGCUAUUACUGACCCUUUUAACGAGCAGCCAAAUCUGUUUAAGGCACUUGACCAGUGCACUGAAAUUGCAAACAGAAAUAAUACAGCGACGCUAAAUUUAGAAAAAGAAGAAGAGGAGCAGGAAGGAAACGAUGGAGAAGAAUUAAACGAUGAGCCUAUGUCUGCCUGCAUCACUGAAGAAAAGGAAAGUUAUCCAGAGAUCAAAGACAGAAAUAUUUUGAAAAACCGAGAGGAAUUCCGAAAAAGCAAAAGUCUUGACUCUGAACUUCCAAUGGAAGCGCAAAAGUGCUGUGUAAUGUAA